UGUCAAUCCAGGUUGCCCACUCCUCACUGCGGCAGUGCAUCGUUCCAUCUUGCGCUUGAAGUCUGUCCCCUUCGUUCUGCCUGCUUGGUGAGAAGCAUGAGGUAUUAGGCAGAACUGUUUUGUGGUAGUGCAGCGCAAGAGGACCAGACGACGACUGACAGAUAGUAUCAUCGCAACGAGAUACCAGGCAGGAACCGGCCAGCCUGGCUCUCUGUCGUAACGCUGACUACUAGGUAAUGUGCAACAACAGCGAGAUCACUUGGCCUCGGGCGCCUACAUGCGUGGUACUUGAUGAUCUGGACUGAUGGAAAAGGCAAGGAAAAGGUAAGAUAGGGGUAAUUCGACCCUGGUCCUCGCCUAUCAUAAGUGGCUUCCGCACCCGUCACAGGGGCGCAAUGUUCUUAGGUGAGUCCAUCCAUCCGCUGGCUCCCGUGAGCAACUGAUAUGCGGCCUGAGACAGCAUGGCAUCCGAGGUGGGACAACAAUGUUUGGGGCGGCCCGGGUGGCGGGCGCUCAGCCUGUUCUGAUAAAAGAAAGACCUUGCAUGACAGGUGCUGUGGUAUAUAUCUAUAUCCGACCGCUUCCUCCCUUUCACUCCUUUUCAGGACAUCAUGCACAGCAAGUUCCUCUCCACAUUCCGCCGGAUCACAUGGUUUCCGCCCUUUCCACCCAUGACCCUGAGGAUAUUGGGAGACUUCUGAUCCCCCACAGCUAGCUCUUUCCGGGAAGUCUUGUCAGAUUGAGCUCAACAUUCUGCUUCAUGGCCGAUGAAUGGUUGAGGUAGAGAUCGCUCAGAGCUCACCCCAAGAACAUAGCAUCAAUGACCAAUUGAAACAGUCAGAGUCUGAUUGGCUGCUGUUGGUUUUGUUGGACACUGUCGAGCGCCGUCUGCCCAGGAUCGCAACAUGGUUGCCUUUUCAGUUGCCUUCUUCCCCUCGGUCAAACAAUUGGGUCGCACAUGCAUGUGCAAUACGCUGCCACUGCAGUGCGGAGAUUUUUCCUGCUGCCUAAGUCGGAACGGAACAUCUUUGUUCCAGUACGUACCACAGUCGUAGUGGUAUGUUGUAUGUGCUGUGGUAUGCAGCAGCAGCAGCAGCAACAGUCGUGUCCAAGGCAAAACGCAAAACGCGAAAUGGGGAUGAUCCAGGUGCGAGCCUCCAUUCCGUGGUCGCUGUCCGCCGUAUCUGGCCUGUAUGCGCACUGCUGAACGCUCACUGGGGAAGGGAGUGCAAGUGUGUACCCUUUGCCAACCGAAACAAAGGAAAUUCGUGCAAACGAGGGUAUCAGUCUGUCAUCCUCAGUGAACUUUUCGUUGCCGAGCUUGUCUAUGUUAUACUGACCUCAAAAGAAAGGAGUUCCUUCGCCCAACUCUUCCCACAACCCUACUUCCUGUGCGGCUCAUUGGCCAUUGAGGCGUCGUGCAGUUGUGCGAGUAUAACAUCAACUUUACUGUUCAACUGUUUGCUCCUCUCUUCUGGCAGGACCUGUCCCGCAUGAUACGGUCGGUCGAGUUUUGGUUCCUUGAGUCUGCGUUUCAGCAUAACCAUCUCGUGGUUAUUACGACCGGUGGAUGAGGAAGAGGAGAUUGACGGCGGCGAGGUGGAUACAUCGGGGCGGGUGGAAGCCGACUUGCUUGUCAUCGAGGCACUGCCCCAUGUGGCCGCGACGGAACUGUCGAAGAUCAGGGUCAGCGUGCUGUCAAAAGCCUACAUGUGGCAUCACCUUGACGACGAUUUCUCGUGGCUGGCAACAAGAGGUCGCUGUAAGGUCUUCCCGGGACCCAUCCACCUGGUACUGUGCAAGUUGUCUGCAAAAUAGAUGGUCUACGGGGCUUUCUUUCCGUGUUCAGUCUAGUUGCAUGACUCGAAGCCCGGCGGUGGGAGGCGACAGGCGGCCGGCGACUGUCUGCUUUCGUAAUGGGCUCUAUUGCUUCCACCUUGGUGCUUGGGCACGCCAUCCAGCUGUUAUGAGAUGAAGAAACGAUGCACAGACCUCAUCGCGGCUGCUGAAGCGGAUGGUGACCAGAAACGGCAGUGCCGCUUAAGCGGUGGUGGUGGGUGUGGUGGUGCAGCCCGUCUGGUACUAGGCAAUCACUGCAGGGAUCAAUAUGAGGGCACGAACGGUAGGUAGGAGUAGGUGCGAGUCAAAGGUUCGCUUGCAAGUGCAGGUAGGAAUGAGAAUGACAAUGCAAAUCAGAUGGUUCAGCAA